CUCCAAUAGGAAUAAAAUUACCAGAGACUGAGCUCCCAUCUUGAGGCCAGCAUGAUGAAAGCCAUGCACUGAGAGAUCUAACAUGUACUGUGUGAACUCCACCAUUAAGCGAGGCUGAGCAGAUUCUGAUGGUUCAGAAGAGCCAGAGUUCAUCUUGUUUUCACUGGUGUCCAAAAUACCCGGCUGAACACUUGAAAUAGCAGGAUGAAUCAGGGAAACUGCUGCAGGCAGACAGUGACACCAGGACACCAGGAAAUGCCUGAGAAGGUUGUCGACCAGAUUGAUACCCUGACCUCAGACCUGCAGCUGGAGGAUGAGAUGACCGACAGCUCCAAGACGGACACCCUGAACAGCAGCUCCAGCGGCACGGCCUCCAGCCUGGAAAAGAUCAAGGCGCCGGCGCCUGCGCGCCCGCG